AUGUCUGUGUCUAUGGUUUAUCCUCGACAGGACAGCGACCUCCUGGGUGUUCCUUCCUCCCCAAAGAACUCAUUAGGGGGUGGCCUCUCCCGCAGCAGCUCCCUCAAGCCGCCUUUGAAGUCAGAGCAGGCAGAAGGUGAAGGUAAUGACCCGCUCUUGAGAUGUGCAAGUGGAAGCCGAGAGAUAAACAGCACGUACGUGAUUUCUGCCUGUGAGAAAGCAGGCGGCUUCCCCCCGGGCCCUCAGCCUGUAGGAAGAUUGACACUUCAGAGGAGAGUUACAAGGAAGGCAGAAUCAUCUUGGCUUGGUAGUGAGUUAGGAGACACCUUUGAAAAAACAGCCGAACAACGCCUGACGUUACAACGCCGGGCUCACGCCGACCCUGGGGAGAAGUGGAACAGAAGGCAGCAGUGGAAACCGGGAGGUGGAACCGAAAGUCACGGUGCCUCCCAGGAAACCGGUAGCAGUGGGAAGGCUGCAAAUCCCGGGGGAAACGCUCUCGUGGCUUCUUCGGUAGCGUUCAUCGAGGACUCAAAAAGCUCCGCACUGGUGACUGAGGAAAAGCGCCAAGAAACAUUUUCUGCCCCCAGGGAGGAAACUGGAAGUGCUGCCCCAAGGUACUUAACUCACGGAGGCCCUGCUGGUUCUCGGAGUCACAUUGAACUUGUGAGAGCCGGACCCUUGGCGACAAAACCUCUUCAGAGCAAGUUGGAUGUCAAGGCGUCAGGAACAGAUCACUUACCUCACAGAAGUGUUGGGAAGGAUGCGGCGAAAAAUUCAGCUCCUCAGUUGGGCACCUUAGACCGAGGAAGGACGCCCACGAAGUGUGUAACGGAACUCAGGUCCACACCAAAGGGGAGUGUGUCCCGGCUGAAGAGCCCGGCCACACCCAUACUGAAGGCUAAGCCGCCCAGCCUUCAAGUUGCACAAAGGCCCCAGAGUUCUCUUCUCGCGAGUAAAAGUGAAAGGUCACAGGAAACUACACUCCCCCCUGAAGCAGAAACCACAGCCCAGAAUGCCUGCACAGAAGCAGACCCCUUCAAAGUCGAGAACAGCCAGGUGACGGUGGCCGUGCGUGUGAGGCCUUUCAGCAAGAGAGAGAGGAUUGAAGAGGCAUCCCAGGCGGUCUUCGUGAAUGGGGAGGAAGUGGUGGUACAGCACCCUAGCAUGAAACAAGUGUACAACUUCAUGUACGACGUCGCCUUCUGGUCUUUCGAUGAAUGCCAUCCGAACUAUGCUGGCCAGGCAGCUGUUUAUGAGACACUCGCGUUGCCACUCCUGGAAAGAGCUUUUGAGGGCUACAACACCUGUCUCUUUGCCUAUGGUCAGACUGGCUCAGGAAAAUCCUAUACGAUGAUGGGAUUCAGUGAAGAACCAGGAAUAAUUCCAAGAUUCUGUGAAGAUCUUUUUGCUCAAGUAGCCAAACAACAAACCCAAGAGGUCAGCUACCACCUUGAAAUGAGCUUUUUUGAAGUAUAUAAUGAAAAAAUUCACGACCUUCUGGUUUGUAAAGGUGAAAAUGGGCAUACGAAGCAACCUCUGAGAGUGAGGGAGCACCCUAUUUCUGGACCCUACGUGGAGGCGUUGUCAAUGAAUGUUGUCAGUUCCUACUCUGAUAUCCAGAGUUGGCUGGCAUUGGGAAAUAAGCAAAGAGCAACUGCCGCUACUGGUAUGAAUGACAAGAGCUCCCGGUCUCAUUCUGUGUUCACCCUUGUGAUGACCCAGACCAAGACGGAGCUUGUGGAGGGGGAGGAGCAUGACCACAGAGUCACGAGCCGCAUCAACCUUAUAGACCUGGCGGGCAGUGAGCGCUGCUCUGCGGCCCACACCCGUGGGGACCGGCUGAAGGAAGGUGUGAGUAUUAACAAGUCCUUGUUAACCUUGGGCAAGGUUAUAUCUGCACUCUCGGAGCAAGCCAACCGAAAGAGAGGUUUUAUUCCUUACCGUGAAUCAGUUCUUACAUGGCUGUUAAAAGAAAGUCUGGGUGGAAAUUCAAAAACAGCGAUGAUUGCGACCGUCAGCCCUGCGGCCAGCAAUCUCGAGGAAACGCUGAGUACCCUCAGAUACGCUAACCAAGCCCGCCUGAUCGUCAACGUCGCCAAAGUCAAUGAAGACACGAAUGCUAAGCUCAUCAGAGAAUUGAAAGCAGAAAUUGAAAAGCUCAAAGCGGCUCAAAGAAACAAUCGGAAUAUCGACCCCGAAAGAUACCGGCUCUGUCGGCAAGAAAUCACAGCCUUACGAAUGAAGCUGCACCAGCAGGAGAAGGACAUGGCAGAAAUGCAAAGAGUGUGGAAAGAAAAGUUUGAACAAGCUGAAAAAAGGAAACGUCAAGAAACCAAAGAGUUACAGAAAGCAGGGAUUACAUUUCAAAUGGACAACCACUCGCCAAACCUUGUCAAUCUCAAUGAGGAUCCCCAGCUCUCGGAGAUGUUGCUGUAUAUGAUAAAAGCAGGGAAGACCACCGUCGGAAAGUACAAGCCCAACUCAAGCCACGACAUUCAGUUGUCUGGGGUGCUGAUUGCUGAUGAUCACUGUGUUAUCAACAAUUUUGAUGGGACAGUGAGUAUUAUCCCAGCUGGGGAAGCAAAGACUUAUGUAAAUGGAAAACAUAUUUUGGAACCCACAGUAUUGCAUCACGGUGAUCGGGUAAUUCUCGGAGGAGAUCAUUAUUUUAGAUUUAAUCAUCCAAUGGAAGUCCAGAAGGGGAAAAGACCUUCCUCUAGAGAUACUCUUAUAAGCGAGAGUCCGAAAGACUUUGAAUUUGCAAAAAAUGAGUUGCUCAUAGCACAGAGAUCACAACUCGAAGCCGAAAUAGAAGCAGCGCGCUUGAAAGCAAAGGAAGAAAUGAUGCAGGGAAUCCAGAUUGCCAAGGAAAUGGCUCAACAAGAGCUUUCUUCUCAAAAAGCUGCCUAUGAAAGCAAAAUUAAAGCACUAGAAGCAGAACUGGAAGAAGAGUCUCAAAGGAAGAGAGUGCAGGAAAUAAACAACCAAAAGGCUAAUUACAAAAUCGAGGAGCUAGAAAAGGCCAAGCAGCAUCUUCAACAAGAAAUAUAUGUAAACAAAAAGCGGUUAGAAAUGGAGACUUUGGCUACAAAACAGGCUUUAGAAGACCACAGCAUCCGCCAUGCAAGAAUUCUGGAAGCUUUAGAGACUGAGAAGCAGAAAAUUGCCAGAGAAGUACAAAUUCUACAGCAGAAUCAGAGUAAUAGGGAUAAAACUUUUACCAGGGUUCAGCCGAACUGGAGCUCCCUGAGACUCUCCAUGAUGAUUCAGGAAGCCAAUGCCAUCAGCCACAAAUUGAGAAAAGGUUAUGUUUUUGACAGACAUGAUGUGUCAGAUAAGGGAAGUUCUGAGACUCCUGUACAGGUUCAGGUUCGUAACCUGCAACUCGGGAUCUCAACUUUCUGGAGUCUGGAAAAGUUUGAAUCAAAGCUGGCGGCCAUGAAAGAACUUUAUGAGAGCAAUGGGAGUAACCGGGGUGAAGAUGUCUUUUGUGAUGCUGGCGAUGAAUGGGAACCUGACCUCACGACUGCAUCCGCUUCCUCAUUUUCUAAAAGGAGGAGUAGGAGUUUGAUGAAAAACAGAAGAAUUUCUGGUUGCUUACAUGACAUACAAGUCCACCCGACUCAGAGCCUGCAUUCUUCUCGUUCAUCAGGAUUGAUGGAGAAACCAAGCACCAUUUACUCUAAUUCAGCGGAGUCAUUUCUUCCUGGAAUUUGCAGAGAAUUGAUUGGCUCUUCAUUAGAUUUUCUUGGGCAGAGUUACGAUGAAGAAGAAACCACGGCAGACACCCUAACCGCUAACUUACUGAAAAUUUACAGUGGCAUCGCUGCCAUUGCCCAGGCGCACGACCGACAGGACGAGGACAGUCCCGAGAGCUUGUUCUCUUCUGAUCGCGCCACCCAGUCACGGACUGUCCAGGUGGCGUGCGCCUUCGAGCAGCUGGUGGUGCUGUCCAGACACUGGCUGAGUGUGGCCCCUCCGUGCACACGCACCGCGAGGCUGGGGGGCGAGCUAAGGCAGGAAGUUAAGAAACUCGGAGGCUAUUUACAGUUAUUUCUGCAGGGAUGUUGUUUGGAUAUCUCGUCAAUGGUAAAAGAAGCUCAGAAGAAAGUGGUUGACAUUGUACAGCAGGCUGUCAGAUGCGUGGGACAAUUAGUGGUUCUGCAAGGGAGCCAGCUGCGUUUCCUGGACAACAAUCACAAUGAGGCAGUCAGCCUCCAGGAGGGUUUUAUGGAUGCUGUUUGUGACGGUGUAUGCUUAGGAGUGAAGAUCCUGUUAGAUUCUGGGCUGGAAAAAACAAAAGAACUUCAACACGAACUCUUAAAGCAGUGUCCAGAGAACGAGGUUACUACGCAGAUGAAAGCUAAUGCCAUGGGAUUGCUUAGAUCUCUUGAAAAUUUCCUUGCUGGUUGGAAAACGAAAGACCCCAGCGCUCAAGCACGAGAAAAGAACCACGGGUGCCAGGAGUGGACGCAGCUGGCUACGUUUGCUUCAGAAUUCUUGAAGUUACAACGGUGCUCCCAGCAAACUGUUCAGUUAACUAUUUCUGCACUGAGAGGUUCCCACAGGGAUGGUCAUCUUCUCAAGAAUUGUGUUGAAAGUAUUUGCAACUUGACCGACAAGUUUCAGGAUUACUUCAGCAUGCCCCCCACUUCAGCCAACAGGGAGCUAGCAUCUCUCGCCAAGUCACUUCUGUUAUGUUUUGAAUCAGAAGAAAGACCGGCGUUGUCGAAACCCUGGAAAACUUGCCAUCAAAAUGCCAGAGAACAUCAGCAGUCUAAACCUAGGCACACAGGUGCUCCAAAGCGGCUCUGUGAGCUCCCCGGCUCGUCCCCAGCCCCGGCCUCGGAGGAGCACACGUCUAGGAGGAGUCAGUGGGUGUGAACACCGGUGAGCAGGCGCUGAAGGGCCAACUGUGGGAAAGAAAGAACACGGGAGAGGCAGGAGCGUAUAGGAAACCAGAAAGCAGUGCCAGUCUUUCCAGGAAGGCAGUAUGUUUCGGUGGCCAAACACGGGGCAUCGGCCCUGUCAGUGUGUGGACUCCUGAUGUGAAAAUGCCCGUGCGCACACCCAUGUCCCUCAGCGGGUGACUUCAGAAGGAAGGGUCACGCAAGUGCAACUCUGGCGACAGCGGAGACCAGGACUCUGAGAACCCAGGGAAGGGCCAUCGGCUCGCUUUCAUCACCUGGAAUCGCACAUGCUCAUCCUCAGUGUUGACGUGUUAGCGCUGAUUGCUUUAUUAGCGGUUUGUAAAUAGUUAAGUGACUGUCCCCUGAGUAGAAACCUGAUCCAUCGUUUCUUCUGUGCCCGGUCUUCUCUGCAGCUCACUCGAUGAGACCGAUGGUGGGAUCGCAAUACAAGUUUAACGGAGGCAGCCUUGCUCGCAUUGCUGAAUUGAAAGCUUUUCUUAAAUGGUCGCCUGGUUGUCUUUUUGGAGAGUGUCUCUAAGGGCGUGGCUUUGUGUUUCUUUCCGGAUGACACGUGGCUACCAACAUGUGAUUGCUGGUCGGCCUAGUAGUCACGCUACUCCACGUUCCACAAUGAAGGGCCUGUGACUGUCAUUUUAAACCAAUUGAAUACUGCCUGUACCACACCUGCGAGUACACUCAGGAGCCUCGAGGCUAGACUUUGAUAAUGCGUGCUCUGUUAAUGUCGUCAUGGAAGCAUUUGAAAGAUAAACUUGAUAUUCAAGAUCUUUAUUGUAUUUCACAGUUUAAUAAUUUUUAAGAAAGUAAGACUUUUUAAAAUGAUCCCUAUCUACAAUCAAGUAGUAAAGAUAAUAUGAUGAUGUUUGGGGGGCUUUCCCAUUAGGCAAUGAUUUGACAGAGUCCUGCAGUGGUCCUGCUUGGUGGCACUGCCCCUUCUCCUCAGUCACCGUAGAUGCCGUUUGCAUGUGCAGUCUGGCCGCUGUUCUGUGGCUGAGUUGGGUGGUUUCUUCCGGAAGCAGAGACGGUGUCAGCAGAUAGUGCUCAUGAGGGUCAGGACAGAGCUGCGGGAACUACGCGGUGCUUUUAGGUGCGUGAACACGGAGCAGAUCAGCGCGUUUGCUCUCGUGGAGUUUUCCCCCUCUUAUUUUUGGCAUUUGAACUUGUGUUCCUUCCGAAACUCUCUCUUUCUCAAUCAUCAGUGCUCUGCUGAGCGGCACCUUUGCUAUCAGGUUUUAUGAAAUGCAGAUGUAGAUAAUGAUGUUUUCUGAGGGUUGGCCUUCUUCCAAGAACUUCCCAAAGUAUCAGUGUGGUAGUUUUUGCCUUAAAGUUCAGCAUAUUGAAACCUGUUUUCUCCUUAUUAAACUCAUGGCUUUGCUGGUCAAAAAC